AUGGAGGUCGGUGGCCUGCCUGUGGAGCUGUGGCAGCUCAUCUUAUCCUACCUGUGCCUCCCUGACCUGGGCCGCUGCACCUUGGUCUGCAGGGCCUGGUACGAGCUCAUCCUCAGCCUGGACAAAACGCGCUGGCGGCAGCUCUGCCUGGGCUGCCUCAAGCACAGACACCCCAACUGGCCCAACAAGCCCGGCGUGGAGCCGUGGUCCUGGAGAGAGGCCUUCAAACAGCACUACCUGGCCUCCAAAACCUGGACCAAAAACACACAGGACCUGGAGUCCUCCAACUGCCUCUCCCUCUUCCGGAGGAGGAAGGGCCAGCGCCGGCUCUGUGUCGGUGCAGGGGGUGAGUUCGGCAGCCUCCGGGCCGCCCUGGCCGCUGCCAGCCCCUAUGACCGCAUUGUGCUGCUGCCCGGUGUGCACGAGGAGCAGGGUGAGGUGCUGCUGAAGGUGCCCGUGGAGGUUGUGGGGCAGGGCAAGCUGGGGGACGUGGCGCUGCUGGCGAGCAUCGAUCAGCACUGCCCCACUGCCCGGCUCUGCAACAUGGUCUUCAUGCCAGCCCGCUUCACCUCGGUGCUCUACAAGACAACCUCAGGCUACGUCCAGUUCGACAAUUGCAACUUUGAAAGUGGGCAGCUGCAGAUCCACGCUCCAGGCACGUGCCAGGUGAAGUUCUGCACCUUCAGACAGUCCAGCAUCCACCUCCGCAGCGUGGCCCUCUGUGUCCUGGAGAACUGUGAGUUCACCGGCAGUGAGAAUGCCUCUGUGACUGUGGAAGGCUGCCCAAGCUCUGACCGUAACUGGGCCUGCAAGCACCUGGCUGUGCUGGCCAAGUCAUGUGCAGCGUCCAUGCAGGAGCCCGAUGCAGCCGGCUGCCCCGUGGCCAAGCAGGAUGGCUGGGGGGAAUCGCUGCUGGGGCCAGUGAGAACAUGUGAGAUUGUUGUAGGGGAAGAACAAAGCAGCUUCCUCUCUGCUGCGGGUGCUCAAGCCCUGCUUGGCUCAGCCCAGGAGGAUAUUGAAUUCAGAGAGAACCUGCCUGCAGUAAAGGAGGAGGAAUCAGCCCUCGACUCAAAUUCUAGUGACAGUGACUCACACAGUGACGAUGAAGAGGAUGCUCAGGCUGCAUACAAACUGCCAUACCAAGCCCACAGCCUGAGUCACACGCUUGCUGAUGUUACACACAGCAGACUUCAAAGUAACAGACUGCAUGCCCUUCAGAGGGACCUUAAGCUCAAGUCUCUGCAGCAGGAGCUGCAGCAGGACAAGGAGGCCCAGUCUUUGGCCAACUCUCUGCAAGGCUGCAUCAUCCGACAGUGCCUUUUCAGGGACGGGAAGGGAGGAAUAUUCAUUUAUUCACGAGGGCAAGCAAAACUGGAAGAAAGCAUCUUCAGGGAUCUGACCUAUGCAGUGCGCUGCAUACAAAACAGUAAGGUUAUCAUGCUGAGGAAUGACAUUCACCAUUGCAAAGCAUCGGGGAUAUUCCUGCGCCUGUCGGCAGGAGGCCUGAUUGCAGACAACAACAUCCAUUCAAACUGUGAGGCUGGAGUGGACAUUCGUAAGGGAGCCAACCCCCUUGUUCUGUGCAAUAAGAUACACAGUGGCCUUCGCUCAGGCAUUGUCGUCGUUGGCAACGGAAAAGGCAUCAUCCGUAGCAAUCAGAUCUAUGGGAAUAAAGAAGCUGGCAUUUAUAUUCUGUAUAAUGGAAACCCUGCUGUGAGUGGGAACCAUAUUUUCCAGGGACUGGCUGCUGGAAUAGCAGUGAAUGAGAAUGGAAGAGGCCAAAUCACAGGGAACAUCAUCUGCGAAAACCAGUGGGGCGGGGCGGACAUCCGCCAUGGGGGUGACCCCGUCCUCAGAAACAACCUCAUCUCCUGCGGCUACUCAGACGGUGUGGUGGUGGGCGAGCGUGGGAAGGGCCUCAUCGAAGGAAACACCAUCUAUGGCAACAAGGGCUGCGGUGUGUGGAUGAUGUCCUCCAGCCUCCCGCACCUCAUCAACAACCAGAUCAGCCACAACAGCAUCUAUGGGGUGGCGGUGUUCUGCUGCAAGGACAACACUGGUGACUACCCCCCCAGUCAGGGGGGCAGCGAGAGCUUCCAGGAGGAGAGGGAGGGUGCCGGCGGGGAGAAUGACCCUGACAGCGAGGAGGAGUACCCGGCUGCCCGGCAUCCCAUCAGCGUGGCACUGGUGGAGUUGAACAGCAUCAACCACAAUGGAGCUGCUGGGUUGCACAUCAAGAGCAGCGAAGCGCUCAACAUCAUUGCCAAUGUAAUUCAUGCCAACCGCGAUGGCGGAGUGGCAGUGCUGCAGAGCAGCCAGCUGACGCGCAUUGCAGACAACAGCAUUUCCUGCAACAGCCGGGGAGGCGUGCUGAUCGAGGCCGAGUGCCAGGUGGAGCUGCGUGGCAACGGCAUCUAUGACAACAGCAGCCAUGGCAUCAUCUCCAAGGGGGAGGGCGUCAUCGCAGAGAACGACAUCAUUGGCAACCACAGGUGUGGCCUUCAGCUGCUCCAAGCAGCAGACAUGAAGGUGACCAAGAACAGGAUCCAGUCCUUUCGGGACUAUGGGAUUGCUCUCUUUGACGAAGCCAAAGGCCUGGUGCAGGAAAACCUCAUUUUCCAAGGGAGAUCCAAGAAAUCCAUUUUGCGACCAAUGUCAAAUGCAGAGGAUUGCGUCAUCCAAAACAACAUGCUUCUCGCCUUCAAGAAAAGGUUUGAUAUGGAGUGCAUGCUGAUCAACCCCCCAGCACGGCCUCACAUCGAAGGAGGUGCUCCUGGGUCCUGCAUGGCGGAUGGUGGUCAGAUGGUUUCCAGCAUAACCACCAGGGUGGAUGGAGGCUGCCACAACCAUGGGAGCAUCUUCUGCACCAUUCUUUGA